AUGGACAAAGGAAAUUACUCUUUGUCUACAAAGGACAACGAUAAUCAAUACGGCGCUGGAUUUUUAUCAAUAUUGCCGCUAUUUUUCACAAUUAUUUUACUAGGGAACGGUCUACUCAUUCUGGCGAUAAAAUCGUUUCGGAUUCGUCGUGUUCCCGAUUUAUUAGUGGGCUCAUUGGCAGUCAUAGAUCUCCUAAAUGACUUGGGACCUGUUUUAAUGUCGAUUAUUGUGUUUCAAAUAGACUCGAAUGGAUUCAGAGAUUUACAAAUGCACACACUUUGUCAUGUUUUUAACUGGAUGUCUGCUUGUCUGCGUUUGUCUGCUUCUUUCAUCAGCACGUUAAUGGCUCUGGACUGCUUCUGCGCAACACUGCGGCCGUUGUUUUAUCGUACCAAAGUCACGUGUGUUAAUGUCGCCAAAAUUAUUGGCUGCGGCAUAUUGUCAGCGGCUUUCAUCGCCGCUUUGCCCGCUAUAGGCUGGGGGCCAGUUAAUGCUCAUAGGGGCCUGUGCUCGUUUGACUUUGGAAGCGGCUUCGCUCUUUUUAUUGCCAUAUUAGGUUACAUCCAGCUUUCUGUGGUGCUGACCAGCUUUAUCGCUGUCUCACUUAAAAUGAGAAGAUACCAGGGAAGACUGGAUCGAUUGAAACGCGGAAGGACGCUGACCUUUCAGAAUGGUAAACUGCAGGCUAUGGAAACAUCAACACAAGGAAAGGAUAAUCGAAUUAAAGAGAUGGAAGAAAAUUGUAAGCAAGGCAACGAUGAUGUGCCCACCACGACGAGAAAAAUAAGUACUUUAUCAGAGCUGGCGCAAGAAAACCGUCCCAGAAGCCCCCGCAAGGAAAGAAUAAAUAGUCGUAUUAAGGAGAGCCGCCAGUUCAUAAAGGUUCUUCAGUCAGCGGUUUUUCUCUUCUACGUUAGCUGGCUACCUAUCGUUGUAUGUAUACCAUUUUAAAUUUCUACUUCCUUAAUUUUCAGUGCAAAAUAGACGAAAAAGGUUUCAUUUUAACCCCACUGAGAAACUCAGGCCGACAACUUCAUUUUCUAAUAAAUCAACUGAAGGCUGUUUGAAUGACUUUAAAAUUUUUCGUUUUGUUGUUGCUACCGUAGAUAAGCAUUACAUUGGAGCUUGCCACCCAAAAGCACCGAGACGUUCUUCAAUCACUUUCUGCACAGAUGUCCCUGGUUAACUCAAUUUUCAAUCCUUGGGUUUACUGUGCCUUAUCCCGCCCUUACCGGAAGGCUUACCUCUACGUCCUCAGGCGGGUGGGGAGAGUGUGCGGUAUCAAGCAAUCCCGUCCGGCAGACAUUAUGGCACUUAAUAAUAUGAGCAGUAGGCUUCGAACCUCGAGU